GCGGUGAUCUGUGCCCCCCAACGCCCCUCCGGUUGCUGCCAUGCCCCUGGAUGAGGAUGUGUCCCGGCUCUGCAGAACCAGUCUGAAGUGUUUAGAGUGCAGUGAGAUGUUCCUGGAUGAGAACUCUCUAGCAAUGCACUAUCAGCAGGCGCCAGAGUCCAGCGGACAGAAAACCUGCACAAUCUGCCAAAUGCUACUACCUAACGUGUGCAGCUUUGCGUCGCACCAACGGAUCCAUCAGCACAAGUCUCCCUACAUCUGCCCUGAGUGUGGGGCUAUCUGUCGCUCAAUCCACUUCCAGUCCCAUGUGACCAGGAACUGUCUGCACUACACCCGCAGGGUGGGCUACCGCUGUGUGCAUUGUAGCGUCAUCUACUCUGACGUGGCUGCUCUGAAGACUCACAUCCAGAGCUCUCACUGUGAGAUCUUUUACAAGUGUCCCAUCUGCCCCAUGGCCUUCAAGUCUGCUCCUGGCACACACUCACACGCACGCACACAGCACCCUGGGGUCAAGAUAGGAGAGCCCAAGUUGAUCUACAAGUGUUCCAUGUGUGACACGGUGUUCACCCAGCAGACACUGCUUCAGUCACACUUUGAUCAACACAUAGCCAACCAGAAGGUGUCUGUCUUCAAAUGCCCAGACUGUUCCAUGCACUACGCCCAGAAACAGCUCAUGUUGGACCACAUCAAGGCGAUGCAUGGUACCUUAAAGACCAUCGAGGUCCCCCAACCUGGGUAUCAACCUGCCCCUCAGUUCCAGCCCCAACACCAACACCAACGGUCUGGACAGGGUGGACAAGAAUGCCCCAACUACACCCCUGAAAAAGGCCCAGAUCACCCUACCUCAGCCCCCAGAAGCCACCUGCUCCUGUCUGGACAUGUGGAGAUUGUGACCGUCUCUUCAUCCAGAGAGGUUUCGUAG